AUGGUCGACAGCGCGGAGGCGCAAUACUAUGAGCAGCUCGCCCAGCAUCGCGAGUUAGAGCCUAAUGCAGGCCAUCAACCGGUGCAGCCGGAGCAUCAUGGACUUCCCAGCAUAUCCCAGCACCAGGAGCCACAGGACGAGCACCAUGAACUACACAGGCUUCAGGAGCUCCAGGAACCGUCGACAGCACAGCAACAGAACGCACGCGCCCCGGUAAACACAGCAGAGGAACUACAACUGACCGCCCAGUUGACCCAGGAGCUCGCGCCCAUGGUGGCCGCCGGCGUAGAAGGUCAGACGCAGGGGCAGCAGACGAUGCCGCAACAGGAGCCACCGGCGCAGCAACCCGGGGAGGCCGAGCCCGAUCUCCAGCAGCAGCUCCAGGCCUCGCUGCAGAACCACGAACGUGAGAUGCAGAGUCACGAGCAUGACUUACAAACGCAACAACAUCAUCAACAACAUCUUCAUCAUCACCACCAACAACAACAUCAACACCAACACGAACUCCAAAGCCACGGGCUCCAGGACAUGCUGCCGCACCCCGGGCUGCCGCACCCGGACCGCUAUCCGCAGAACCCGCCUGCUCCGCCACAUCCGAACCUCCCUCACCACAUGUCCAUGGGCCACCACCUGCCCACUGCGCACCAACCCCAGUAUCAACUUCCUGGAGCCACGCCGCCUCGCAAACGCACCAAGGUGUCCCGCGCCUGCGACGAGUGUCGCCGCAAGAAGAUCAAGUGCGAUGCACAGUCUGAAGCGAGCGAGGAGGCUUGCUCUAACUGCCGCCGGUCUAAUACGCAGUGCUUAUUCAGUCGUGUCCCGCAGAAGCGCGGCCCCAGCAAAGGCUACAUCAAGGAGCUGGCGGACAGGAUCAACAGCAUUGAGGGCAAACUCAACACCAGUGUGGGAGGCCUCGAGAGAAGGGUGUCAAGCGAGGUCUUCGCAUCUCCCGGCGCGCCUGGCGACGACAGCAGGAAGCGGCCUUUCUCCAGCAUUUCUGGCGACAGCUUUCAGACUCCCUCUCCGAGCAGGAUACCGAGCAUUUCUACCGAGCAUCGUCCAAUCAUGCCCCACGUGCAGCCGGAUCUCAGCGCCUCAGAGUCUGGCAAUCCAAACAGCCUUGCCCCGAGAUCUCUUGCGCCCAUCCAGAUAAGCGGUGGGACGAACAACGUCAGCUCGCAAGGCCAGCCUGAGAUGACGGACAGAAUAUCGCAUGACGAACCCCCGCAGGCGCCCGUGCAACCGGCAGAUCAGAUGCCCGAUAUUGAAAUUGAGGAUGCUGUGUUCAACAAAUACCUGGAAGUGAUACAUCCGAUUUUCCCGGUACUAGCAAGCACCAAGGCCAGGGUCCAGUCACUACUAUGGCAAGCCCCACCGGAUCUCCAAACUGCUUUCUACACUGGUUUCUCGUCCAUGAUCAGGCCGUUUCUCUCAGAAUCCAGCAACCAAACCAAUGGUGAUCCUGCUACAGCAUGUCGCCAGCUCAGUGACUGGGAGGCGGACCCGAAGCCGGCCUCGGCAGUCAUCGAUCUGCUACGCCUCCAAACCCUUGUCAUGGCGCUGAUCGCAGUGGACUGCCAUGGUUUGUCUUCGAUCAAGGGCGAGGUCGAAGGUCCGUCCAAAGCUGAAAUACUUGGGCGAGCUGUUGGGCUCGGAUACUCGAUGAGACUACAUGCCAAGGCCGUCGAACCUGAUCCGAAUCCCGAGUUGGAUCCUAACUCGGACGACAAUGUGGCGCUGCGGACCUGGUAUGUUCUCGUCAUGUUGGAUCGGUGGAACGCCGUCGGAUUGGCCGCGCCUGUUAUGAUCAGCAACGACAGCGUGGAGAUUCCAGUCGGCCUGAAGCAUAUCGUCGGCGAUGUUGUCUUCACCUUGACUCGGAUAUCCUACAUCCUCGGGCACCUUGCGCCUCUCACCUUCCGUGCACCAUCAGACCCUUUCUCGCCAGCCAGCUCACUGCCCAGUCUGACCACCGAGAUGUUGCGCUGGCUGAUUCCGGCCGACGCCACCGAUCCCGUGGUCCACCUGGCCUACUGGCACGUUCAGCUCCUGACCAAACUCGCUUCUCCCCUGCGGCGCCCGGAAAAUGUCUUGCAUGCAAGCAAGGACAUGGUCGCGCUCCUCGCACGCAACCACGAGCGGGUGACCCCCCUGACGCACCACUUCGUCGCUCUUGUCUCCCUGGGUCUGUUGGAUCUGGCCGGGCCCGAUGACGACGAGACGCGAGACCAGGCCGCCAAGCUGAUGAAGGACGUCAUUGAGUUCAGGCUCAUGCCGUCCCCCUGGAAUGAUGCGGUCCGCAAGAAGCUCCAUGAACACCUACCCGGUCCGCCAACAGCUCACACUGGUGGUAAUGCUGCUGUGCCUGUAACGGCGGCGUCUGAGGAUGAUGUGCAACGCAAGUCGGAGCCGCUUGUCGCCAUUACUGGUGCUGCUAUAUCGCUUGCAGGUGCUGGUAAUCAUAUGAUUACUCAGCCGGGAGAGGAUCGCAACGGCCAUGGUGAUCCUGGGGAGACAUCCCGGCCACCGGUCGCCGAUGUGCAGGCGAUGUUGAAGGCUGGGUAUCUCACUUGUUUUGAAGAGCCGACAGCGUAUGCGGCAACUUAG